AUCUAGUCUCAACAGAGUGGCACUAUAUUCUUCUACAUCUUCUAGAAGAAUGGAGGAACUUGCUAAUAAGCUCUCGGCGGAUGGAAUUCAGAAAAAAGUAAUCUCUCCCGGAAAAGGAGAGCUUUCAACGUUUCCUAAUGGAACAAAGGUCAAGUUUCAUUACCGCACUAGUCUUUGUGAUGGCACUGUGUUGGAUGACUCCAGGACAAUGGGAGGUCAGAGUAAACCUAUGGAGCUCAUACUGGGGAAGAAGUUCAAGCUACCUGUGUGGGAGCAAGUGGUUACCACAAUGAGAGAGGGUGAAAUUGCUGAUUUUACAUGUGAUGUAAAGCACACAGCCCUCUACCCCAUGGUUUCUCUGUCACUACGCAACAUCAGCCAAGGAAAAGACCCACUUGAAGGACAGAGACACUGCUGUGGAGUAGCUCAGGUUCACUCGCAUCAUUCCAUAGGUCACCACGAUCUGGAUAAGUUGCAGGCCCAUCCUCAGCCUCUAGUUUUUACUCUGGAAUUGCUGCAGGUCUUGCCACCUGGCUCCUUUCAGUUGGAAAUAUGGGCAAUGACAGAUGAGGAGAAACUGGAGGCCAUACCGCAGAUCCACGAAGAAGGAAAUGCGCUAUUCAAGAAUGGAGAUAUUGCAGCAGCUGCUGAGAAGUACUACAAUGCUAUAGCCUGUCUGAAGAGCUUACAGAUGAAGGAGCGUCCAGGUGAUGAGCAAUGGAUCAAACUAGAUCUCAUGAUCACCCCUCUCCUCCUCAACUACUGCCAGUGCAAGCUUCUGCUGGGCCAAUACUAUGAGGUUUUGGACCACUGCUCUUCUAUCAUCAACAAGUAUGAGGAUAAUGUGAAGGCAUAUUUCAAACGAGGGAAAGCUCAUGCAGCGGUAUGGAAUGAAGCAGAGGCAAGAGCUGACUUUGCCAAAGUGAUUACAUUGGAACCAUCACUUGAAACUUCAGUUGCAAAGGAGUUGAGAGCAAUGGAGGAACGCAUUCGGGAAAAACAGAAGGAGGAGAAGGGACGCUACAAAAACCUGUUCAGCUACAGCGACAAAGCCUCUGCUGCAGCUACCACGGGCUGAAACAAAGAUGAAUAUCCAAUUUUCCAUUUAUAAGGAGAUAUGCACUGUUAAAUUUCAGCAUAUGCACUCUGAUAAAUGUAUCCCUCAUAUGUUUAUUUAACCCAUCAUCCCCUUAAUCAUGUUUAAUUGGUAAAUUGACAAGAGUGCAUCCAGUGCAUAGCUUUGAAUGGUCUGGCCAUCCAUUUAUCUCUGAGAGUUACCCAUCAUUUGUUGAACAAUGCUCAUUUUCAUUGUUAUCAAUGGGAUCUGCAACUCCUACGAACCAGGAAUGUGUGAAUACCAGCCUUGUAUGUUCACUUUUUGGAUAUAGCUGAUGGAAACGUCACAACCCAGUGCAUUAUGGUUGGUGCUCUUUAACAAGGGCAGCCUGAAAGAAACAAAGCUGAAAGGCAAUCGGAUGAUGAUAAAAUGCGAUUGUUGUGACUAUACCUACUCUCCCCCCUUUUGCGUUAUUCUUUUGUAUUUAUCGUGUUUAUUAGUUGUAUUGCUAUUACCCUUAUUGCCUUUGUAUGUAUACUAUAUUUUAAUCUUGAAAGAUAAAGGAAAUAAAUAAAACGCCUGUGAAAUA